CUUCAGACAAGUUCGGCGUCUCGAACACAGAGAGCGAUGGAAGCUAGCUGUUUCAGGUUGUGAGAAGCCAAUGACUUCUUAGUGACGUUGCAUCAAGGGAUAUACCGUGUCACAUGAAUUUGCGAUGCCUGUCGAUACUUGUAAGGUGUGCUCCUCUCCUGCGGCCCACAGGUGUAGUGCCUGUAAGCAAGUAUCUUACUGCAGCAAGCAGCACCAGAAACAGGACUGGAAGAACCACAAGAUCUCAUGCAGUCCUUUUGAGGUCUGCACCUCACCGGAACUGGGGAAGUACCUUGUGGCAUCACGUGAUCUUUCACCUGGCGACAUAAUCAUCAGCGAGGGGCCUCUGAUUGUGGGACCAAAGCUGCACAGUGAGGAUCCACUGUGUCUGUUGUGCCACGUCCCUACUCGUUAUGACAGCGAGUAUAGGUGUCCCAAAUGCCUAUGGCCUUGUUGCGGGCCAAGCUGUCCUGCGGACCCUAAAGUUCACGCCCCAGAGUGUUCCAUACUUAGCCUACAGGGAAAGCAAAACUUGACGGCGGCUGCCCGGAAAGACGUUAGUGUCUACCAUUAUGAUGCCGUGACGCCGCUUAGAUGUUUGCUGUUGCAGCGACGUAACCCCCGUAAGUGGGAUCAGCUUCUGCAGAUGGAAGCACAUCUGAGGCACAGGGGACCCGGUACUGAUACCUACAGGGAGAUCCGAGACCGCGUAGUGAGAUACCUUCAAGAGAACUACCUGCAGAAACUGCCUACAGUUGGAAAGGAAGGGGAAACAGUUGUGCAGGACUGUUCCGAGAACACUCUGCACAGAAUCUGUGGGAUCCUGGAUGUAAACGGGCUGGACAUUCGGCUAGCCCUAGGGUCAGAGGUUGUCGCCCUAUACCCCACAGUCUGUCUGAUGGAACACAACUGUCUCCCCAACACACGGUACAGCGUUGAGAUCUGCCCGGGUGACAGACAGUACCGGGUCUCGGUGAAGGCCACGCGACACAUCCAGAAAGGUGAACACAUCUCGACAAUGUACACGCACGCGCUGUGGGGCACACAGGCUCGCAUGGAACACCUGGCUGCCACCAAGUACUUCACCUGUAGGUGCAAGAGAUGCGCAGAUCCCACGGAGCUGGGAACCUACAUUAGUGGAAUUCGUUGCUUAGGAACUCAUAUCCUUACCCCUGAUACAGACGGGGCAUCAUGUGGAGGCACACAGUUACCAAUUUCGCCACUGGAAGAGAACUCUGACUGGCGCUGCGACCGCUGUCCUGUCCUCUUGGCAUCAUCGGACGUGACUGACCUUGUGUCAAGGAUCGGAGAGGAGGUGGACAAUAUCCAGGCCGGAUGCCCGACUGUGAAGCAACUGGAGGAACUUGUGUCCAAACUGUCCACGUUCCUGCACCCCCACCACUAUCAUAUGUAUUCCAUUAAACACUCGCUGGUGCAACUCUAUGGACACCAACAUGGGUACCAGAUCAACCAGCUCAGCGACCAGCAGCUGCAGAGAAAAGCUGAUAUGUGUCGGGAAUUGCUUGCCGUAACGGACAUUUUGGACCCGGGCGCCUCUAGACUGGCACUCUAUUCCUCGGUUUUGCUCCAUGAACUUCAUUCUGCUGAGUUUCAUCUCUUGCGUCGUGCUUUUGAGAAGAACCCACCUGCUUUAUCUGCUGAGGAGACGACUCGCAGGGCCUUGGAGGCCAAGGGUUUCUUGCUGAGGGCCACCGAGAUCUUGGAGCCAGAACCUCAGUUCUCUUCUGGCAGAAAGAUGUUGGAGGUGGUUGGCAAGGCGCUCUCCGAAUGCGAGGCUUGGAUGAAGGACAAGAGAGUGACUGUUCCUACGUGACUUUAGUGGGGGGGGGGAUGUAACGUGUGGUUAACAGUUUAAUGCAGACUUUUGAAAUUCAUGCGAAUUUUUGGGCCAGUGAUACCUGUGGACAGUGUUGCUACAACGCAAGAAGGAAGGAAGGGUGUAACAGGACAACACUGAACCUUUAUUUGCUGAGUAUAACUUUACAGUACUGAGAGUUUAAGUACUGCGGUACUGCAUUGGGAAUUUAAUUAUUGGUUUUAAUGGAACCAUACUGGGCACUUAAUUGUGGGGUGUUACAGUACCACACUGAGCACUGAGUAAGUCUGUUGUAUGACUAAGUACUGUAGUUUUUUUGUUUAUUGUGGUGGGGUGAGACUGAUUCCACUUGGUAAGUCGGCCACUAACUGGCCUACUGUAUCAGCC